UUUACCGGAAGUCGGUAGCAGGUGCCACAGGAAGUGUGUGCGGUGCAGCCGGGUACCUUGCCGAACAAGAGGAAGCUAACGGGUUUUAAUUGCAAAAAGCCGCUCAAUAAUUUCAACAAAAGCUAAAUAACAUACAAAAUUGUGUUCUGUUUUCAGCUGAAAUGAGUGCAGCUGUACCCAACCAUCGAAGGACCAAGCCCGGUGGCAUAAAGCCUGGGGUUGUGAAUGCCGGCAUGACUGGACCGACCUCCCAGAUUCCCGGUCUGUCCCAGAGCGCAGACGAAAGUACUCCGGCGGAGAGGACCAGCGGACGGCGAGUUGGGAUAUUUGAGAGUGACUCGGACUACGUCAAGCUUGCAAAGGGGGGGGGGCACAAAGGGCUGUUGAGUCAUGAUGGUGAUGGUGAUGACAAACCAAGGCAGGCCUACAAUCCACCGAACUGGUUUGGAGAUGAUGAGAAAAAGAACGGAAACAAAGCAGCGUCUCCUGACAGCCAGAUGAAGGCAGGCAUGCGAACUCUGGCUGCUCCAUUUGGCACUGAUAAUGGUUCGACCUGGGAAAGAGAGACUGAUAGAUUUUCCCCUGAUAAAGAUAAGAUGUCUCCUGAUGGUGUUGCCAGUCAGAUGGAGGGUCUUGCCAUGGCCAACAAAUACAAGAGAACGGCUCAUGAUAAGAAGGCUCCGCCGGUCAGCAUGUCCAAGCUGCUGAGUCACGGCUACGUUGAGGACAAGAAGAAGUCGCCUAAUGACGACGAUGCCUCAAGCGUGACCUCGGAACAGACGAGCACCAUCGCAACGGAGGACGUGGACGACCUUGAGUAGUGCGUGUAGCUUCUCUUCUCAAGGGGAAACGGGGAUUGUCCUAACACUGGUUCAUGGUAUCACGAAUCCACGAACACACCACUCCGCCCUUCUCGGAUUCACUCGCAUUUAUUGUACACCCACUGACUGUUCGGUUUUGUACCCAUGUUUAUGCAAAGGUACUGUCCUCUCUUAUUUAUUUGCUUUGAUUUGUAAGAAGAGUUGAGACAGAUUUUGUUGAGUAGAUGUAUUGUUGCUCGCUGUGUUUUUUUUUUAUUUCUGUACAUCUCGAUUUGAAAGACGAGUUGUGCGCAGGGCAGGAAACUGAACAUUUUGGGUUAGCAGAAGCUGUUUGAGUGAAACUAUUUCACCAGCCAGUUUGAUUUUAAACCCAGAAUGAUGCCUGAAAGUGGAGACAGUCCUACCAGCUGAGGCUUAAAUUCACCUGCUGGUGUUAGUUUCCUUCCCUGGUUGUAUGAAGAUCGAGUUAGUGAACUUUAAGUGUUAGUGCUAAUGAAUUGUUGUUCCAGUGAUGUGAAAUAUUAUUUGUUUUGAUCAAGGACUCCUGCUUUCUGUUAGAGGCUUGUGUGUUUUCGGCUGCAGGGGUGCAUCCGAUCAUUCAUUGAGACAGCAUCCCUGCAGCUGAGGCUGCAUGCCAGAGUUCAUACUGAUGGCCACAGCCACAAAAUGGGCCACAAAUGAUUUUUAGGUUGCUGCUCUGCAAAAGGUUGCUCUUCCCCCAUAUCCCAACCUACACUUCUGUUGUUUUUUUUAGUUCCUAAAAUCGAGAAACAUGCAUAAUUUGACUGUGCAAGCUGCAACUUUAUGACUUUCAGUCGAAUGAGAAAAAAUUCUCAAACUAACUGGUCAAUUAACUCCAGAAGAUUUUGAAUACUAAUUAGAUCAGGGUCAUCAGGAUAUCAGUAACAGUGCCAGUGUUUCAUGCCGGUCCAAAUAUGUCAGAAGCUUGCUAAUGAUGGAACUAGAUUUGAUCUAAUCUGCAUGUUUAAGCCCUUCAGUGUUAUUGCAUUCACAUUCAGCCUAAUAACCCCAAACUCAUCAACAGGUAAAGCUGGGAAAUUUAGGGGACAAUUGCCACCUUCAGCAGACUGACAAGCUGAAAAUCAAUUCUGGUGUAAUUCCAUGUGAUUUGUAAAGGUAGGCGAGUUUGAAAAAGUGAGUUCUGAAUAUGCCCACCUGCUCAUGCAGUGUCUUGACUUUGUUGAGAUCAGUAGGAGAACUUACUGCGCACUGCUUGGUCACACCAAACCCUUCAUCUCAUGUGGUGUGUUUAUCUGUCUGAUGGGACUUGGGAUUCUGUUCAGAUGCGAGAAAUGGUUACCGCAACAACAUUUUUGCAUAUGAGAUGCAUGGUCAGACCAUACUAACUUCAAUAUUGACAGAUUUCAGUCUGGUGGUACCCCUCUUUCUACCUCUUUUUAACGAAGACCAGACCUGCAGGUCUUUAAACAUUGAAUUCACUUUCCUAAAACACUAAAAGGCCUUAGAUGGAAUUUAUUUUAAAAAAAGUAAAAAUUGAGUCUUAAAUAUUUUCUCUUGCACUCUGUUGGCAGUAAUAUUAGUGGAAACGCGGUCUGCUGUUUCCACAUACAAAAACAGCAGCUAGGAUGCUCAUGUUAAUCCAUCUAUUUUUCUGCUGUGUAUCCGAGUCAAGGUUGCUUUAAAUACAUUGAUUAUAUCAUGAGGAAUUAUUGUUGCUGAUUAAAUGGGAUCUAAAGAUUUCUAGGCCCUAUCAUUCCUACUGGUUUCCAGACGCUGGAUCCAGUUUUAUUGUGAAACAGUUAUUAAAUUGCAGUUCAUGUGGUGUUAAUAAUGUUUUAAAGUAAGCUGUUGAAAGCUGCAGAAACCGUGUCAACAGAGACAAAACACUUUCCCACUAAAAAAUGGAUUCUGGUCAAUGUGAAUAUGUGGCUUUAAUUGCAUUAAAUUAAGUGCAGGUGUUUUUAAUUUGAACAUCAUUACAAAGAACCUGGACCUGAAUGAGACUGACUGACUGAUAUGAAAUGUUCAUCCGUGGAGGAGACAGGAAGCAGCUACACUGACUGGUCAGUUUAGAAGCCAGACCACAGCAGACCGUUGAAAUGCCUCAUCUCUUCCUCCUCUGCUUGCUCGUGUGGCUGCAGAAUUGGCUUGCCUGUGAGGAUAUCUCAAAGAAAGUAAUAGAUUUCUUUGACAUCUGAUGGACAGUUCAGCCCUGAGUCAUUUAACGGUUAUAGUAUUUUAGCUGCGACUGUGAACCUGAAAGUGACAGCAAAAUCCUAAUCCUAGAUUUGUCGGGUGAAGUAAAUGCUCUUAAAAUGAAAAGAAUAGGGAUGAUUUAUUUGGGUGUAACAGCCAGAUUAAAGCUCCGAGUUUGUCCAAGUAAAUCCAAUACAUUCAUCACCUACGUCUCAAAAUGAUGCUGCAGUACCAGACUCCCAUUUGAAAAGAAUUUACUUACAAACUUUUACAAGAGAUGUGUCACAUUCAACACAACUGUCUGGUCACAUUCUUCCCAACACUAAAUAUUUAAGCAAGGAUACAUAACUUAUCUGUAUGUGGUAUUUAAAAAGUGUCAUGUGUUACAAACUAGAUGCUUUCCUGUGUUUGAAGACACUGGAUUUUCUUCUCCAGUACAUGGAAUGGCGAAUGUAUCAUGAUUUGAUAUAGUUUGCUUUGAAGAACUGGUUUAUUUUUAAGAGCUGUUAAAAUAUUCAGGUACAGUAUUUCAAGUUAAAAAUAGUGUCCCCCUCAUCUUGAUGACUGCACACAGACUCGAUUAUCAUUAAAUGGGCAUGUGCAUGAA